AUCAAUCUUCAGACCAAGGAAGCUUAUAAAUAUAUAUCUAAUCACUUGAGCAGUUAUACAACAAAAUAAUCCUUUUCCCUAAUGGAUAUUCUCACGCAUUUCUUAGCUAUUCCAUUGCUGUUCAUAUUUUCUUUACUUUACAUUUUCUGGAGAAAUAAUACUACAACUUCUCAACCCGAUGCCCGGCCCAAAAGAUUGCCUCCAGAGCCCGCAGGGGCCCGGCCUUUCAUCGGUCACCUUCCCAUGCUCAUGAGCAGCCAGGUUCAUCUGGUUCGGACCCUGGGCGGGCUGGCGGAUAAAUACGGCCCGGUCUUCACCAUCCGCAUCGGCAUGCCUCGGGCCUUGGUGGUUAGCCGUUGGGAAGCCGUUAAAGACUGUUUUGGAACCUACGACAAGAUAUUCGCCUCCCGGCCCGCUUCCUGCGCCGGCACGUACCUCGGCUACGACAAUGCAGCGCUGGCGUUCUCCACCUACGAUUCGUACUGGCGAAAAGUGAGAAAAAUGGUGGUGGUUGAGCUUUUGUCCAGUACGAAGUUGGAGAAAUUGAAACAUGUUUGGAUGUCGGAGCUGACCAGCAACGUCAAAGAACUGUAUAAUCAUAUCGUUAGGAACGGCGGAGAUAACGGCGUUAAGGUGGAUAUGAAUGAAUGGAUGCGACAUUUGAACUACAAUAUGAUAUCGAAGAUUGUGGUGGGGAGAAGAUAUAAGUUCACGAUCGAGCAUAAGGAGUUCAUGUCUCUCGCCGGCGAGCUCGUGUCGGCGGACGCGCUGCCGUUUCGGAUAUUCCGGUGGUUGGAUUUCGAGGGUCAUAUAAAGAACAUGAAGCGGGUUACCCGGACCAUGAACGCGUUUCUUCAAGUUUGGAUAGAUGAGCAUGUCAAGAAGAGAAAAGAAUCAACGGGGGAUGUAGAAGAUCGGGACUUCAUCGAUGUCAUGCUUUCUGUCAUCGACGAUGAGUUCACCGCCGGUUACCGUUAUACACGCGACACCAUUAUUAAGGCAACUGCAGUGAGUAUGCUCCAAGAUGGUGCGGAGACAAUGGCGGUAAACAUGAUAUGGCUAAUGUCCUUACUGUUGAAGAACAGAGAAGUAUUGAAGCGAAUCCAAGAAGAACUUGACGCCAAAGUGGGCAGAGAGAGAUGGGUGGAGGAUUACGACAUCGACAAUUUAGUAUACCUCCAAGCAGCAGUCAAAGAAUCCAUGAGAUUAUAUCCGCCAGCGCCGUUCCUAGUACCGCACAAAGCAUCAGAGGACUGCAACGUCGACGGAUACUAUGUUCCGAAGGGCACCCAGUUGUUCGUGAACGUGUGGAAACUGCACCGCGAUCCCCGGAUUUGGCCGGAUCCGGAGAAGUUCUCGCCGGAGAGAUUCUUGAAUACCCCAGAAAACGUGGAUCCCGCGGCUAGGCAGUAUGGAUACAUACCUUUCAGCUACGGCAGGCGAUCUUGUCCGGGAAUAUCGUACGGUCUGAAAGUGACGCAUCUUACGUACGCAAGAUUGCUCCAAGGUUUCGAUUUCAGCCCGCCGGCGAAUAUGGCGGUCGACAUGAGUGAAGCUCUGGGCAUUACCAUGCCCAGAGCAAACCCAUUGGAAGCCGUCAUUACACCUCGCUUGCCCUCCGCGCUGUAUGCGGCGUCGUCAUAGGUUCAACUUAAGGUUUUAAUUCAUCUUUAAUGCUCUUUCAUCAGCAAAUAGUUAAUAACUACUCUAUGUAUCUGUUUGAAGAAUAAAAUUGAGAAGAAAAUGUAAUUGUAAUGAUUUUUUUUUUUAUUUCUUUAUGCACAUGUACUUAAUCUAAAAACAUGAUAGGUCUCAAUCAAUGUUAUAUCAUUGAUUUAUGCCCUUCUUUCUUGAUGCUAAUAAAUGUAUACAUUUUACUUUAAA